AUGGUUGCGAGGAGUAAAAUAGAUAUACUAUACGGUUUGCUCGGUCAGCACAAGAAAGGAACUGCCGAAUACCGAUACUUUAAUAGUGGCGAUCAGUUUGCUUGCACCACAAUCAUAAAAUCAAUGAGUAUUGAAGUUAUUGGGAAAGGCGCCACUAAAAAGAUUGCCAGGGAAGUGUCUGCAGAAAGAGCGCUCUCUGUAGUGAAACAAAACCUAAAGAAUAAGUCAGCUAUAAGCGAUUCAUCUCCAACAAAGUAUGUAACAUGCCAGAACCAAGAAGAGAAAAACAACGGCGGAGGUGUCUAUUUGAUGCACGUUAAUAGUUGGUUACAAACCUACAGAAGAAAGCCCUAUUAUGAUGUUAAUAAUCGGAAGAACGAUAUAUUACUGAAAAUGAGAAUGUUCGUCCCCGAACUCAACAUAGAUGUAACUUUUGAGGGUGAGGCUCAGACUCUUCAAAUAGCUAAGCAGAUCUGUGGUCAACAAGCUUAUGUUCAUCUCACAUCUAAUGGGUUCAUAUCUCAAGAUCAAGCGAGAAUUCCAUCUAUCAACGUUGUUGAUAUGAAGAAAACUUCUCGGAGAAUCCCUUUUAUUCAAGCAAAAGUGACAGAGUCUGCAUUAGAACUGCUUAAUAAAUACCUUCUUACCAUAAACAAACAUCCAGACAAAGUACCUGAAGAUGAUGCAUCGAUCGUGAAGCCUAUUGAACUUUUACCAGUAAAUCAUUUUGAUCCCAAAUCAGAGAUUGUGUCUUCUAAGUUAGCUUGCGAAGGACCUUGUCCGAACUGGAAUCCAUGGGCAUCAUGCCCCAUAUCUGAGGGCUUGUGGUAUAAUACAACCAAAGAAACAGUCUCAAAUAUCUUGUACAGACUUGAGAAAAGAAUGGUCAAAAAUAAUAAUCUACCUAUCCUGGCUCAGAAGGAUAAAAUUAUCGAAACUAUUAAAAAUAAUCAAGUUACUAUCAUAGCAGGAGGGACUGGAAGUGGUAAGAGUACUCAAGUCGUACAGUAUCUUAUGGAAGAGUUUAUCGAUACAGGAGAAGGUAUCAACUUCGCGGCUUAUGUCACCGAACCUAGAAGGAUCGCCGCGAUAUCUCUUGCAAAGCGAGUAGCUUCUGAGAGAAGAGAAAAACUUGGAACUUCAGUUGGUUAUUGUGUUAGAUUAGAUCAUUCCUUUCCUCGCCCUUACGGCUCUGUGGUUUUCUGUACUACUGGGAUAUUAUUAAAGCGUAUGCAUAGUGGCUUGAAGGGAAUUUCUCACAUCAUCAUCGAUGAAGUUCACGAAAGAAGUUUAGAAACUGAUUUUCUUCUGAUUCUGGUGAAGAAGCUGAUUCAGGAAGGCUCAUCCAUCAAAGUGAUUCUCAUGAGUGCUUCCAUGGAUACCUCCGUAUUUUCCUCAUAUUAUGAUGAUUGCCCUGUGAUAGAUGUGGAAGGGAAAGUGUUCCCUGUGGAAACUGUUUUCCUUGAGGAGAUCCUUAGUAAGCUAUGUUUAACUCAGAAUUAUCCGCUUCAAUGUCUCGAUGAGUACAUUGAUAAACGCGUUUUUCAUCUCCCGAUCCAAGAGGCGAAUUAUGUAAUUGAAAAAAUAAUUAUGAGAAUUUUAAAAGGUACUCCUAAAGGUUCUAUUCUUGUGUUCAUGCCAGGUUGGUUUGAAAUUACGCAAUUGAAAGAAAUACUGGAAAAAAAUCCUGUGAUCUCGGAACGAGGAACUAUUUUUCCGCUCCACUCAAGUGUAACGAAAGAAGAACAGAACAAAGUUUUUCUUCCUUCUACGAAUUUGAAGAUAAUAUUAUCAACUAAUAUAGCUGAAUCGAGCAUAACAAUCGACGAUGUUUCAUAUGUUAUUGACUCUUGUCGUCAGAAAGAAGCCCAGAAGCAUCAAAAUGUCAUCCAGCUUGAUACUGUCUGGAUAUCGAAGUCGAGCUUGAUACAACGGAGAGGGAGAGCUGGUCGCGUCAAGAGAGGCAUUUGUUUUCAUCUUUGUACGAUGGAUCAUUUUGAACUUCUACCGGAUAAUUCUGUGCCUGAAAUUCUUCGGCUAUCACUCGACAACAUAAUUUUGCAAAUUAAAGCUUUAGGAAUUGGGGAGCCUGCGGAUGUUCUGCGAAUGGCGAUCGACCCUCCUCAGGAAUCUAAUAUAGACGAGGCGAUAAUGAGUUUAAGAACACUAGGAGCAAUCAAUGAUCAGAUCGAGCUGACCAGAUUAGGAAGCAUUUUAUCGAAGUUCCCAGUUCCUCCCAAUUUUGGAAAAGCUAUUGUUUUGGGAACUGUGUUGGGAAUAGGACCAAUCGUAUGUGAAAUUAUGUCUAUGAUAUCUCUUGGCUCCCCAUAUUCCACCAAUGAGUCAGAAGUACAAACCAAGGCAAGCGUUGGGGGUACUCGAACUUCAGAUCAUAUCACUCUAAACAAAGAUCCUACGCAUGCCGAAAAGUUUGCUUCAGCCCUAGACUUGAAACUUCCUGUACUGGCGCUAGCGACGAGGGUCAAAAGUCAAUUGAUUGAAACCCUACGGGCCUCUGGGUUUCCUGAUCACUUGUUCAGCGAAAAUCCUAUUCUGAACGAACCAUCUCAAGAAGUUUUGGAUUUAUUACUUGCUGUUCUAACAACGGCUUUGUAUCCUAAUGUGUGUUAUGUGAAGGAUAAAAAAAGAGUUGUGACAAUUGAUGGAAGUCUGGCUAUUUUUCCUAACGGUCUCGAAGUUGAUCAUUCCUGCUUACUGGUGUUCACUGAAAAAAUUGUGAGCAGGAAUUCUAUUUGUAGGGAAUCUUCAGUCAUCUCAUCGAUAGCAUUAAUGCUUUUCUGUUCUCGUAGUGUACGCUGUGUAGGAAAGGACCACAUUCUGUUAGAUGACAGAUUUCAUAUCGAAAUGGAUGCGAAUAUCGCAUGUAAAAUUGUAUCUUUGAGACCUCAUAUCGAGAGCCUAAUUAACAAUACAUGUAACGUAUGCUUGACCUCUGAUGUUCUGUCGGAGGAAGAAUUCAUGCUCGUCGAUCUGCUCAUCGAACUAUGUAUAACAUAA